CCAUACUGUAACAAAUUAUUCUGCGACUCGAGCUUGACCGUCACUGAUAAAAUGUCUUUUACGAGAGUUCCAUUGACCAUUAAGAGACUAUUAACGAGACACGUCCAAUUACAGCUUGUUAUUCAGAAUGGAAGACGGUCAUACUGCACUCACAGUAAUGUAUUGACUCUCCACCAAAGAGGGGUCUUCAAUGAUGUAUUCCCACCUCAAAGUGAUGAGUUGCCGAAGCUUCUGAUGUCCAGCCCCCAGUGCAUCUACUGUGGAGUAGAUCCUACUGCCGAUAGUCUUCACAUUGGUAAUCUUCUUGCCCUUGUAGCUCUCAUUCACUGCCAAAGAGCUGGACACCAGUGUGUAGCUUUGAUUGGUGGAGCCACAGCGUUGAUUGGUGACCCCAGUGGGAAGUCUACAGAAAGGGAGGCCCUACAUCCAGACCUAGUAGAAAGGAACGCCGAAUCCAUUCACCAGUCUCUUCAGAGAAUCUUUACCAACCACGAGAGACUUCUCUGGAAACGUGAUAAGACACUGCCAGAUAUCAGAAUAAUGAAUAACCAGGAGUGGUAUGAAUCAGAAAACCUAGUGCAGUUCUUAGCGACGUAUGGUCGCUUCUUCAGAAUGGGCUCCAUGCUUUCAAGACAGAGUGUCCAGACGAGACUAAGCAGCCCAGAGGGUAUGAGUUUCUCUGAGUUCACCUACCAAAUAUUUCAGGCCUAUGACUUCUUACACUUACACGAACAAUAUGGAUGUAAUAUACAGAUUGGAGGUACAGAUCAGCUGGGUAAUAUGAUGUCGGGUCAUGAUCUCAUUAGAAGAACAACUGGCAAUGACGUUUAUGGUCUGACUAUUCCAUUAGUCACAAGUUCAACUGGAGACAAAUUAGGUAAAACAGCUGGUAAUGCAGUAUGGAUUAACAGUGAUAAAACGUCAGAGUUUGACCUCUAUCAGUAUUUCAUCAGAAUGCAUGACAAUGAUGUGGAAAAAUCCUUGAAGCUUUUUACCUUCCUUCCUCUUCAAGAUAUUGAUGCAGUCAUCAGAAAACAUAAGGCCAAACCAGAGAAAAGAAAAGCCCAGAGGUUGCUUGCAGAACAAGUUCUUCUGCUAGUUCAUGGGGAGGAAGGCUUAAAUAAGGCCAGAAGAUUGACCGAGGCAUUGUAUAGCUCUGACCGUGGUGCCUUAGAGAAGUUGAGCUAUGAGGAAGUGAGCCAGCUAUUCCAAGGGGCAGGAUUGGUGGAGAUCAUGCUGGAACCCGGUCUCACCGUCCAUCAAGUUGCCGUCGCUUCAGGGGCUCUAUCAAAAGAUCGAGGUCUAGAUAUCAUUGAAGAUGGUGGACUCUAUGUCAAUCAACAGAGGAUCACCAAUCCCCAUGAGGUACUUCAGAAAGGCCUUCACAUCCUCAGCAAUAAUGUGACUCUUCUGAGAAUAGGCAAGAAGAACUAUACCUUGAUCAAGUGGGUCUGAGAUCGCUAGACUAUGACGCGUGUAAGAAUGCGGCCCAUCUUAGCAUCUCAUUGAAAAUACAUCUCCUCAAAGGAUCAUGGGAGGCAGAGGUCGGGAAGGACAUAGACCGACCAUAGAAAAACAUCAAAACAGUGCAAUGGCAUACCGAUAAAUUAAAUUGAGGGAUUUUUUUCAUGAUAUUGAAGGAUCGUCUCAUGAAUAAAGUUUCUGAUAUUACAAUGAAGUGACACCCAGUCAUCACUUUUAGUGAGUUUCACUGACUAAUUUGCCCUCAGCCAAUCAGAUGCAAGGAUUUUCAUUAGCUUGUAACAGCUGUCUUUGAAAAUCACUGAAAACCCUUUUCAUGCAACACUCCCUUGUGUUGAGAACCAGUGGGUUUAUCUUAAACAAACUACAUAGCAGUAUUAUGUAUGAUUUUUAAAAUCAAAACUUUCAGAAUUGUAAUUUUCACAACUUGAACUAUUAUUCAAACGGAGGAUGUAUGAGGAAUGUGUGUCUCAUUUCAUCUGUGCUAAAGUUAUGCAGAAUUUUAAAGCACCCUCUACAUUUGGUUCUAUUUGAUGAGUGUAUACAUUAUCUGUCAUGUUUUUGGCGAUAAGAUAAUCUGUGUGACAUUUGCUCCUGCGACAAUUGCUAAAGAUUCCACAUACUAAUUGAAUGGAUAACUUCAACCCUGGAUUUAACACUAUCCCUCGCCAUAAACCACAAACCUCACUCUACAUCUUAUACCAAAGGGAGCGACUUGGACAUUUUAUGUCCAACAAGUCUUGGGGGUCAUGUGGGUCGCAUUUAAAUGCCGACACGUACAUGAUAUGCAACGUGCAAUCUUAUUGAUCAAUACGCUGUAGUGCACGUCCUCUUGGCAUGAUCUGACCAAUACGGUCAUGUCUUUUAUACCACGCGCAACUAGACAUUUAAGUGCGACUCUAAGUCAUACUUAAAUCUUUGUGAAACACUCCCGUUUUAUCUGAUGGUUGCCACAGUAACGGUGCUCAGGCAAUCAAAAUCGUAGCCUCUUGUCGAGGCCCUGUCGGCUGCUUUCCGAGCGAACAUGGCAAAGGAAGGGAGAGAGCGAAGCAGAGCGCCGCGAGACAGGGCCUCUUGACAUCUGACCCGAAUUUCACCGACUUUCUUUUGUUUUUUAUUGUUUUUACCAAUUCACCGACCAAAAACUGGUCGGUGAAAAUCAUCCAAUGAGAGCGCGAGCUGCUAUGACUUCAUAUUAAAUAUUCAUGAGCUCAUCUUGAAUGGCGACCCUUGGAUUCUUGGCGAAGAGUGACGACGAAAUAUCAAAGAGCGCUGAAUAUGACUCUAAAAUGCUGAAUAUUGACCGAUUUAAGGAUUUGCAAGUCGAUGAAAUUAACUCUGCACUGAAAGGACGAGAUGUCUUUGUAAAUCUACGCACAGGAUAUGGAAAAAAUUUAAUAUUUCAUGCGAUUCCAUCGGUCGAACCGGGGCGUCGAUUAUUGAUCUAUCCUGUGCAGUGCAGUGAGGGAAGCUGGGGUGGAGUUGCUGGGAGUUGACUCGAGUCUGACCACCGGCUGAGCAGUAUCUCCCGGGAAGUUUCGGGGCGGUGAUGGGUCUGUUACGGCCAGUAGUAAUAGUAGUGUCCCGCAAUUAAAUGAAUCCCCUGCAGAAUAAUGGACUACUAUACUAUAUAGUAUUCCGAACCCAAAACGAAACAGCUCUGACAUUUCAUUGGUUUACUCGGUGACCGGUAAUAUCAUGACUCAUGUAUAUUCAUUAGGAAGACGUUCCUCGUGAAUAUAUAAUUCAGUUCAGAUGUCAAGAGGCCCUGGCUCGCGUCAGGCCUAAUUCGCUUCGCGAAUUAGGGAAUCCCUCGCUUCGCUCGGGAAGCAGCCGCCAGGGCCUCGACAAGAGGCUAUCAAAAUCGAGGAAAUUUGUCAUUUGCUUGUCGAAUGAAAAAUGUUGAUGAAAUGCUCGAGCAUUUGUCGAAGGAGCACAUUUAUUAUGUUGUUUGAAUAUACUAUUGCAAGGAGCAUAUGGAAUUUACAGUACUUUCAUAUUGUGAGCUUGUCACUAAAGAAAGUCAAAUCUAGUGUGAGAUUUAUAUAUGAAAUACAUUUUUAUUCCUUAAAUGAAAUGAAUAUUUACAAAAUUAUUUUGCUUCAUUAGCAAGAGGUGCUAUUUUGUAUUCAAAUUCUAUUUGCAGUUGAUGAGAGUGUUGUUUUUUCGCAAAUGAAAUAACAAAUUUCAUGAUUGUUGCAUAUUCUGUAUUGUCCAAAUUUCAUGAUUGUUGUAUAUUCUGUAUUGUACACAAGCAAACGGGAGGGUGGAUGUGCAAUGGUUCCAUGACAAUUGCUCUGCUCUAAAUUCCACACACUAAUCGAAUGACCAACUUCAACCCUGGGUUUAACACUAUACCCUACCCAAAACCUAACAAAAACUCUAUUGCAACCCUAACAAAUAGGCCAGAGCAAUUGUUGCAGGAGCUAAUGUCGUGACACCAUGUGCAUCGUAUGUACCUUCGCACACGUACCGUCCGAAAUGUAUUUUUACAGUUUGAUAUGUGAUCUUUGUAUACAAGUAGCAUCACAUAUAAUCAAGAAAAUAUAUGUGAACUAGGAAGUCAGACACCCAUUUUUUAAUCUUGUCUAUACAGUGGAUGAUUUCAAAUCUGGUGUUGGCAUUGGUGUUAGUGUUGGAAUUUUGAUUGCUUCCCCGAGCUCCAAACUCUUUUCUGAGUUUGUAAAACUGAUCCAGAUCACAUUAUUGACACCUCAAAAACUAGUCAUUGACUUUUAGGACCCUCUUCAUUUUAUGUUUGGUGUUAUACUCGUGUAAAAAUUGACCCAACACCAAACACCAAUAGGUCAACACUGAACUUGAAAUCACACAUUAAGCACACCAUGACAACAAAACUGUAACAAAUGGAUCACUCUCAUCUGUAAAGGGGCUUUCUUACAAGGGCCCUGUUGUACAAAAGUUACUAUCAUGGUAAUGCUUAACAGCCAAUCAGAAUCAAGAAUUCCACAAAAGUUACCAUCGGAUUGCAAAGUUACUCUUUCUUUUUAAUAUGCAACAGGCCCCAGAAUGUUUUAGCCAGCAUUUGCUGUUUUAUUAUUUAAUCAUUUUAAAAAAAAAUCUAGAAUUGCCUUUUCCAAAUGACAAUAAUUAUUUCAUGACAAUAACAUUUUACUAACAGGAUUAAAAUUAUAAAAUGACUUGCCAUACAUACAUCAGGGCCCUGUUGCCUAAAAGCUACCAUUAUGGUAACUUUGCCAUGCAAUGGUAACUUGCAUGGAAUCCUUGAUUUUGAUUGGCUGUUGAUCAGCGUUACCAUGGUAGUUGCCAUUAGAUGGCAAAGUUAUUAUACUAAUAACUAAUGCAGUCGGGUCCUGAUGUUCUGCCCAUUAUUAUUUCUGAUGACCUCCCCUCAAUUGCAUGAAUGGGAAGUGUCACUUUAUUAAGGGGUGUAAGAAAAUAUUUGCAAUCAAUUGGUCUACGCAAUUUUGAUUAAAACAAAUCUAUUCUUAUUCAAGAAGCAGACCACUGAUCAGUUGUAAAUUUGCACGACUUGUGAUUGAUUUGGACCUAAAAUUGAUUUGCAAUCGAUUACAAUUUUCUUGCAACACCCCCUACAUAUAAACAACUACAAGGAUGCAUGAGUGGUUGAUUUAUUUCUAUAUUUUCAAGUAAACAUCUUUAUGGUCUUUAGUAGACCUUUCAUUACACAGGGCCCAGUAUCACAAAAGUUAAUAGUGACCAGUCACUAUGGUGUUUGUGAUUGAUUUAUAUGCAGUCAAUUAUACAUACAUGUAUCCAUUGUACUAUCAAUAGACCAGGGGUCUGUUGCAGAAAGAGUUGCAUUUAAACGCAAGUCAAAAAUCAAUCGCAAGUCCCAAAGGCGUGCUGUUGAUUGGUUGAAAAUCAAGUUGCAAAUGAUUUUUAGAGUUGCAAUUGAUUUCAACUCUUUCUGCAAAGGGCCCCAGUUCGUAGUUAGCUAACAGGCAGGUUUGUUCAAAUUCUUCCAUUAAGAUAGACAAAAACAUAGCAGGAUGCAGAAAUUAUAUAGACCAGGUGAUUAGAAUUGCGCAUCAAUGAAAUUGUAUAUGUUGCAUUUGUACGUUGAAUGCAUUAGCAUGUUGCAAUGUACUCGGCCUACUAUUAAAUACCAGUUGCUAACGGACACAGUAACAAUAACUUUCCAGUGGAUUUACUGAAAAGCACAAUUCAAAAGAAUAUUUGGAUAAUGGAGACCUCAAAGUUGGUGCUGAUCUCAUUGAGUAUCAGACCACCAUGCCAUUUGAGUUCAAGUGGCCUUCCUUUGCUCAUGCGCAUGAUGGAACAACGUACUGGCCUAUAGCUGAGCUUUGUGUUAAGGGCCCAGAGGAUCAAAUGAUCGGUAAGAGCUAAUUUACAAUAUUGUUUAUUCCACUUGUGACUCCUUUAUGUAAACAUGAUUGAUAAGGAGUGGUUUUCCUUGAAACAGAGAUACUUCGCUGCUCGACAGUAAAAUCUACUGAAGUGACAAUAAUUCUGGAUUGUGAAGAAAAGGUCAUGGAUCUCACCAGGAUCCACUCGCUCACAGAACCGUGUUUGGCAGUUGAUUUCUAUCUAGUGGGUCGCGCGUGCUGCGACGCCACUUCUGGCGUCCGUCCACAACACACGACUUCUAUGGCUUGAUUUUUCUGUGCGCGGCGGCAGGUAAUGAACACUUUAGUGACCAGGAUCAUGACUGAAAUGACAGUCAGGCUUUACAAGCUUGACAGUGUCCAGGUGGGUGUUUAAUAAAGCUGUUUAAAGAUACAUAUGACUUUACGCAUGACUGGUGAUCCUUUCUUGUGCUAUGCGACAUCCCUAUGUAAUUGAGUUAUGACCCAAGAACAGGUUCCAGUCGUGCGUAAAGUCGUUCGUAACUUUACGAACAGCUUUAUGAAACACCCAUCAGAGCUAUCUUGUCACCUUAACCUUCUUGAAAUCGUAUUUCAUUCAUCUUUUUUUAGAGAGAUCCAUCUUACAUGCCAUGGAAUAUUUUGUUGUAUUAUAUCUGCCAUAGCAUAUACUCUGUGUGUGCAAUUUGAAUAAAAGACACCAAGAUUCAAA